CAAUACGCGAGCCGGAAAUACGACGCAAACAAGCUGUCGCAGAAGGGCCUCGACGAGAAAGUAAACACAAACUCGGGAGGAAAUUUUUGGGAGAAUUUUUUUGGGAAUGAGAGAAAUCGUCGCCUCCGAGUCAUCAUGAGCGAGGGCGAGCCGACUACGAGAGACAGGGUGGUGGAGCUGCUGAAUACAGCAGCUUUCCUGCCCUCGGAGAAAGAGAGGAUCGGUCAACUGGUUCAGGUGCAGGAGCUGAUCAUCCACCGUGAACCUGAUCUCCUCGACUCCUUCUUUGAGGAAGUGGCAGCUUUCCAGACUGAUCGGAACUCAGAUGUCCGAAAAUUUGUUGUCGGGUUCAUUGAGGAAGCUUGCAAGAAAGAUGUUGCUAUGUUGCCACGUCUGGUGCCAAAUAUCCAGUUGCUGUUGCAAGACGAAGGAGUGGCUGUGGUGAAACGUGUUGUGCAGGCUGCAGCUCAGCUUCACCGUGCUACUCUGGCAUGGCUGUCCUCUGCCCGCACCGUCACCCCUGAGAUGGAGCAAGUCUGGCACAUUAUAACUUCCAUUAAGAAUUCCAUUAUUACAAUGAUUGACCAUGAUAAUGAUGGAGUGAGGACACAGGCCAUAAAAUUCCUAGAGUCUCUAGUUCUGCUGCAGACAUAUACGGAGGCCGAUUCAGUUGUUCGCGAUGGGGAGUUCAACCUUGACCAAGUUCCUCUUACACUCAAAGUAGCUAGGCCAAGAAAACUUGAAGAAGAGGCCAGAAUGGUUCUCAACAAACUGAUAGCUUUCCAAGGCUCCAUCCAUAUCAGCUCUGUCAACCUUAUGACAUGUAUGUCUUCACUGACCAUCAUCGCAAGGGCACGGCCACAGUUCCUUGGCAUGAUUAUUAAUGCACUUGAGAUCCUACAUGCCAAUCUACCUCCUACACUCACCAAAUCACAAGUAAACAGUGUGCGGAAACACCUCAAGAUUCAGAUGCUAAACCUCCUGAAGCAUCCUGCAUCCUAUGACUACCAUGAACACAUUACAACAGUCCUCAAUGACCUGGGCAUCACAGCAUCAGAGGUAAACAAGUCAAUGCCAUCCAAGGAUCAGAUCAGGAAGAGGGUGCGCCGGGACAAAUCAUCGGAGGAAGUCUCUGAAUCACCGAAUAAGAAACCCCGGGUGGACCAUGAUGACAGUAGCAAGAACAAGAAGGAAAAGAAGGAGGAGGUGGAGGUGGAGAGAAAGAACUCUGCCAUUGACAUCACCCAGAGGUGGUUGGUGGAGAAGCUGACCCCAGAUAAUGUUGCUAGCUUGGUUAUGGUUACAAUGCUGAAUCUACCUGAUGAAAUGCCACCCUUGUUCAGUGCUGGAUACAGCCCAAUCACAGCAGCUGGCACAACACCACAAAUCCAGCAUGUAGGAAGGCUUAUUGCAUCACAGCUAACAGCAGCAGGUGUAGGGCCUGGGGUGGAGCAAGCCAAAGAAGAGGAGAAGUCAAUGCCAUCCAAGGAUCAGAUCAGGAAGAGGGUGCGCCGGGACAAAUCAUCGGAGGAAGUCUCUGAAUCACCGAAUAAGAAACCCCGGGUGGACCAUGAUGACAGUAGCAAGAACAAGAAGGAAAAGAAGGAGGAGGUGGAGGUGGAGAGAAAGAACUCUGCCAUUGACAUCACCCAGAGGUGGUUGGUGGAGAAGCUGACCCCAGAUAAUGUUGCUAGCUUGGUUAUGGUUACAAUGCUGAAUCUACCUGAUGAAAUGCCACCCUUGUUCAGUGCUGGAUACAGCCCAAUCACAGCAGCUGGCACAACACCACAAAUCCAGCAUGUAGGAAGGCUUAUUGCAUCACAGCUAACAGCAGCAGGUGUAGGGCCUGGGGUGGAGCAAGCCAAAGAAGAGGAGGCAAAGACCAGCAGUAACAUGGACCAAGAGAGUGAUGAAGAGAGUAAAGAAAUUUCUCGCCUUGUGGGGGGGAAGGUGCAGGUGCAAGAAGAGGAUACAAUGCAGAGCGGUCCAGUGCUAGUGCCAGCGGGUGUAAUUGGACGACCCCUGAGGCACAAAAUCAAGACCAUGAAGUUAGCAGAGGUCACGAAACCACUCUCCUCGUCCUCUAAUACCAAACUCCAAAGCCUGCUGUUCAAACGACUCAUGCGCUGCGACAAAGUGAUGCUUCAUGGGGAGGGACCAAAGCACCGCAUGAGGAUCCUCACAGUUUUGUCCGGGUGUAUCAGCCAUCAGGAGAGUGAUGCACUAGAGGAUUUCAUACUUGAAGACAUGCAGAACAGGGCUGACCUGCUCUUCUCGUGGCUCUUCUCUGAGUAUUCUGUAAACCACGACUUCUCCCUCAUUAACAAAAUCUUAAAUGUUGGUGGAAAGAAAGUGCAAAAGAAGGACAAGAAUUAUCAGGAGAUUCUUGGCAAUAUUGUAAUCAAAGUUUUACUGAAACCAGCUUCCAAGGAGAGAGAUGAAUUCCUGUCUCGGUUGUUUCUGGAGUGCCCCCAUGUGCCUGAAGAUCUCAUACUGUCACUAGUGCGCGUCGGUAGUCAAGGUACAGACUCGAUCACCUCUGUUGCCAAUACCCUCAAAGAUACUGCCGAAUGGAGACCUCUCACGGCAAAGCCUGCACUGAAGACUCUGUCCCUCUUAGCAACCCAUGAUCAAGAUUCGGUAAGAGAAGUUGUAACUCCAAUACUUUUGGAACUAUGUGAGCACGAGAAUCUUAGUGAGAUAGUUACCGAGGUUGCUACAGUGUACCUCAAGUAUCUUCUGCUAGAAACGCCGCCAGACUCCUUGUGUUCGCACAACUUCGGACGACCCAACGAACCCAACGAGUGGACGGAGCCAUUGGUCAAGGCUUGCCUGUAUUUGUAUUUGGCUCUUUUGCCUCUGAAUCAAGCCCUCAUUCAUGAUUUAGCUCAGGUGUACGUAAAGACAGUGAAUGAGGCCAAGCGGGCUAUCCUGCGGCUGCUAGAAGGGCCCAUCCGUCACAUGGGCAUGGACUCCCCACAGCUCCUCAAGUUGGUUGAAACUUGUCCGAAGGGAGGAGAGACACUCAUCACGCGGAUAAUUCACAUCCUCACUGAGAAAGCACCUCCCAGUGAAGCCCUUGUGUGUCGCGUGCGUGAGCUCUACAACCGGCGCGUGUCUGAUGUGAGGUUCCUUAUCCCCGUACUCACUGGGCUCAGCAAGAAGGAGGUGAUUGCUGUCCUGCCAAAACUCAUCAAGCUCAAUCCACAUGUUGUUAAAGAGGUGUUCAACCGGUUGUGGGGAGUGACAUUAGACACAGGUGCUUCUCCACUGACUCCAGUGGACCUUCUGGUUGCUCUCCAUCUUAUUGAUCCAGACAAGUGUGAUGUAAAGACAGUUAUCAAAGCCACUGGACUCUGCUUUGCGGAGCGUAGCAUUUAUACAGCAGAAGUAUUGGCGUUCGUGCUUCAGCAACUCAUGGAACAGCCACAGUUGCCAACACUCUUCAUGCGCACAGUCAUCCAGACCCUGACACACUACCCAAAGCUACUUAGCUUUAUAAUGAAUAUAUUACAGAGACUCAUCAUUAAGCAGGUGUGGAAGCAGAGAAAAGUCUGGGAAGGCUUCAUCAAGUGUUGUCAACGAGCCGUUCCUCAGAGUUUCACAGUACUCCUGCAGCUUCCUCCUGCCCAGCUGUCUGAUGUCUUUAACAGUGCCUCCGACCUUCAUUCUCAGCUCCUUUCCCAUAUUGCUACUCUCACUGAAAACCAGCGAGCUCAUAUCCCAGCCAGCCUGCUAGAGGUUAUUGAAGGGCACAAUCCAGCAUCUCAAGGAUCCCGGCCAAUCGAUCUGCCCCCUUCUGCUCAAGAGAUGUAAUCCUUUUGGAAAUAUGCAGCAUGUCCGACAGCCUUCCAGUGAUGAAAAAUUAUUCAGAAAUAUGUAAAAUCAGUAAAACAUAUUCCCAUUCUCUCUCUUUCUCAAGUACCAACCCUUUUAUUCACCAGCCACGUUAUAAUGGCUGCAUCAUAGCUCAUAUAGUUGUAUGAGGUCAGUACAAUUUUUAUAUUAUUUUAACACCUAUAAAGCUGAUUAUAAAGUGAUAUAAGUGAA